AUGGCGGCGCGCGGAGCGAAACGUGCAGCGGAGCGACCGGCUCAAAUCAAGACUAAACGAGCGAAAUUAAACGGGAACAAAACGCCUCAAGUCGAGAGGGAAACGAAGCGAGUGACAUUUACACUGGAGAAUGAAGAAACGAGCGGAAACUCACAGACGAACAUUAUCAGCGUCCCGCCGCCCGUCAGCACGGGCAAAUGGACAAAUAAAGAGCGAGUUUUGGUGUUCUCUUCUCGCGGGAUCAACUUCAGGACGAGACACCUGAUGCAGGACCUCAAGACCAUGAUGCCGCACAGCAAAGCUGACACCAAAAUGGACAGAAAAGAUAAACUCUUUGUGGUCAAUGAGGUGUGUGAAAUCAAAAACUGCAAUAAAUGCAUCUUCUUUGAAGCGAAGAAGAAACAGGAUCUUUACAUGUGGAUCUCGAACGUCCCACACGGACCGUCGGCCAAGUUUCUUGUACAGAACGUCCACACUCUCGCUGAGCUGAAAAUGACCGGAAACUGUCUGAAAGGCUCCAGACCGCUGCUGUCGUUCGACCCGAAAUUUGACAAGGAGCCACAUUACGCACUGCUGAAGGAGCUCUUCACUCAGAUCUUCUCGACGCCUCGGUAUCACCCCAAGAGUCAGCCGUUUGUGGAUCACGUGCUCACGUUCACCAUCGCAGACAACAGGGUUUGGUUCAGGAACUAUCAGAUCAUCGAGGAAGACGCGUCUCUGGUGGAGAUCGGCCCUCGUUUCGUCUUGAAUCUCAUCAAAAUAUUUCAGGGCAGCUUCGGCGGACCCACGCUGUACGAAAACCCUCACUUUCAGUCGCCCAACAUGCAACGGCGAAUGAUCAGGCAGGCCAUGGCCGCCAAACAGAAGGAGAGACAGAUGGUGAAGGAGAUCCGGAAGGAGAAACGCAAAGAGGAGCACGAGGUGCUGACGCAGGACGUGACGGACGACGUGUUCGCGACUCCGGCCGAGCCGAAAGAGCCUCCGGUGGAGCUGGAGCCUCCGGAACCUCGGAGCACCAAGAAGAAGCUCAGACUCACGGAGCUAAAGAAGAGAACGCAGAUGAAACGCAAAGGCCUGCGAUAACCUGUCGUGCGGCGUUCGCUCGUAAAACGUCCGUGUAAAUGUUUGCGUGGAUGUUAUAAUGGAGAUCUGAUCCCAGAUCGGAGGUUCUGCUUCCUGAACGUAAAGCGUUUCUCUCUUCGUCCAGGUCGAGGAACAGCUCGGCAUUUGAUGAUUUACAUUCAUCUUUGUGUUUCUGCUUCUUUUGUAAACAAUGCAAUGUUAAUAAAGUAUUUUAUUAAUGUUCAAA